AUGGUUGCCACCUGGACGAAACAUACGUUCCUUCCUUGCUACUUGCACUUGUCAAUUCAUGUCGACGAAACAACAGCGGAAAAUAGCAUUCGCUUCCCCGAAAAUCUUCACUUGGAUCAUCCAUCGCUUGAGCAGAUCAGUAUAAAACGUGUGAAGAGUGUCGAGAAAGGGUGCGUUUUCCCAAGUAUGGGCCUAAUCUUUAUCCGUGGACAGCUGUUCGAUAAGCACAUUGAGAUCUUGGGCGAAGCGGAUUACGGAGAAAAUUCAGGUCCAGUCAUGCUUCAAUUUCAAAAAUGUCAGCGUUCAACUUUGAAACGAAGAGUAUGCUUGGUUGAUGACGGCUAA